AUGAUUUCAUAUUUAAUAAAAUUUGAUUUUAUUUGUCGUCUUUUUAGUUCUGUUAUUGGAUUAUUAUCAUUAUGGAUAUUUGUUGAAUGGCGUCAACGCCAAGAAAAAAAAUUCAAGUCAGAUUCAAUGAUAUCAACUACUAAAUGUAGUGAACCAUUACAUUGGAAUCCAUUUGAAGAACAACGUGGUUUCGGUGAUCUUAUCAUAAAAGUGAAUCAUAUAGCAAUAACUGUAUCAGAUGUUGGCCGAUCAAUUAGUUUUUAUGUAGAUAUAUUAGGAUUUCUCAACAAACUCGUCAACCUACAUUUGAUUGUCAUGGUGCUUGAUUGA